AGCGAUUGUGAAGCCACUCCAUUACCAACAAUGUAUGACAGCACCACGAGCUACAGUGUAUCUGGUUUGUACAUGGGUCCUUUCUAUCACGUGCGCAUGUCUACCUAUGUCGAGCGUCGCCUCGUAUUCCUAUAUCGCCGAUAUUGGAGCUUGCACUGUCGACUGGGAGCAGUCGACAUUAGGCUACACAAUCGCUGCUCAUCUUAUAAGCUUCUGCCUGCCACUCGCCAUGAUCUUAUUCUGCUAUGCCAAGAUCUUCAUCGUCGCAAGAAAAGUCAAACGACAGAUUAGACCGCUUCCCGCCAAUUUCGCUGAUCACCCGAGUCGGUGGGUGAACGAGAAGAGUGGAUGCGAGAGACAGACAGAAGGAGCAUCGAAAGCCACAGUGAAUGAACGCACUAUUUGUGAUCCCAAAGAAACGAUGAUGUCUCUUCCUGAACAUAUAAGUGGAGAGAAUAGGCCUAAAGGAUGUUCGAUACUAACUGAAGAAGAUAUUAAAAGUCCGGAAUCAGAAGAGCGCAUUAAUAUACGGGUACUACGAAGGAAAGAUAGACAACGUUCAAUGUCAUUACAAGAUAUAGGCAACGAUCAGGUGUUCAGUCGUCAUAGGAACUCUUCGGAUAAUACAGAUGACAGACCGGUUAAUUUCUCAAUUCAAAAGGGUCUUUCAACAGUUCCAAAUCUGUUCCAAAUUAGCCAUAAUGUGCCUGUGAUUAAACGAGAUGGUAAUGAAAAUAAUGCCACAAGUGCAGGAACUCACAAGGCAAGCAAGAUUGGACAACAGAACAGAAGUAGACGUUGUACGAACAGACACAGAUCCUUAACGAGUGGCGAAUCUGGGGAAUGGAAACCACUAGCCUCGAAGUACGUGUCCAAGAAAGCUCUGCGAGUGAAGAAGAUCCAGUCUUUACGUGAUACAAAGGCUGCUACGACCCUUCUCAUCCUCCUUGGUGUGUUUCUUGUCUGUUGGAUGCCCUAUGUCGUGGUGACCUUUUUACUCAAUGCCCACAUGACUGUUCGUCCCAUUGUUCAUUCCGCCCUCUUCAUGGUUGCCUUAACCAACAGCGUCUUAAAUGUCUUUGUUUAUGGCGUUCUCAACACCAAGUUCAGACUCGGUUUCAGGAAGCUCUGGAAACCGUGUUGCCUAUGGAUAAACUGUAGAUGUAAGAACAAGUCAGAAGCUUCUGCAAUGAGGGUUCGUAGCAUUAGCCAGUCUUUGAGGAACAAUGGCCCUGUCACAGAAAGAGCCGAUGGCAUAGAAAGAAGGGAAUUCUAUUCAGAACACGUUCGAUGACCAACGACGAGACAGUUCAUUCCUUUUAAGGAACGCCAUAAACCAUUGAGUAUGCAUAUUUAGGGAAUAUAAUUGAUAUUACAUUUUUUAUAUUUGUCGAUUCAUAGAGAAUAUCUAUAAUCAUUUUAACUUCUGUUGAUUUGUUACUUUAUAAGGAAAUGUCAGUUGCACUGAAUGUGUAUUCAUACAUGUCAUAAUCAUGCAGGAUGCUUUGUAGAUUGCCUAAGCAUUUAGAUAAAGCACCGAGUCAAAAAGUGCUCAGUUAGUAUAUGCAUAAACCAUGUGUUAACUGCUGAAUAAGGCAAAUUAAUUAUAUGCAAGUAUAAGCACUUAGUGAUGAUGAUUAAUGGGUAUGAUUCUAGAAUGAAUAUUUAUCAUUCAUAUGAGUAAUGAAAGUAAAGAUGAAAAGGGAGAUGCAAAAUAUAGGUCUGCAUAGUCUACCAAAUACUUUCGAGACUUUAAAGGACCUUGCAAAUUAUCACAUUGAUGCGUUGUCCAUUCUACUUCGUUCCAAGUUUGAAACUUAUCCAAUGACGUAAAUAAUAUCUAUAUGAAGUGCAAUAUAUUCAAACAGGUUUUCAUUAUCAUCACCUUUUUUCCUAAAACUACUUUUCUUUUUCUUUAUUGGUAUAUUUAUUUUCUUACAUUCCAUUUAUUGUGCAAGAUCCAUAUGCAUUAGAGUGCAAUAUAUAUUUCGUGAAACUAGUUUUCGGUAGUUACUUUCAGGAUAAAAUUGAAGUUACACUUUGUGUUUCUAACAUGUCAACUUGUAAUUUUUGCUUCUGUCAGUCUCGCAUCCGUCUUAACAUGUGGAGCUUUGUUUCAAUAUUCAGCAAUGAAUUGAAUUAAGAUGUCGAAUAGAAUUAUCAUAACGAUUAUUUGAACGACGGUAAAUACUGAGAAGAGCAAAAAACACACGAUGUUCUCUAUAUUUGGGUUAUCUAAUGGCCCCUUAUUAAGGUAAUACAAUGAAUUACGGACCCAUUAUUAGGUUCGUGUCAGGCAUUAUAACUGACCCAUAUUUCCGCUCGUUUUUUUUUUGUAUAAACAAUUUGAAGUAAAGAUUAAGCUCAUCUCUUCAUUCUCUAGGUGUGGGCUGCUAUGAAAACGAUGGGGUUAAUGUCAAGUUGACCUUUAUCAACUGAAGAUUUUUUUGUGAUUACACACAGUACGGAAUAAUUGAAGUGCCAUUAACUCGACGAGAUCGGAAGAAAUAUUUUCUUGCCAUAUUUUGUCCACAAGGUUUAAACCGGUGUCUUACUAAGUCGACUUAUAACAAGUUAUAUGUCGAUAUAGCGAGAUACUAUCUUUCUUAAUCGACAAAUAAAAAUGAUAAUAUUAUCAUUAUUGAUAAUCAAAGUAAUGAUAAUAGUAAAUAAUAAUAAUGAUAAUAUUUUAUUGACCCAGGGUACCUACUUCCGUUAAUAUAUACACACACACAUAUACAUACAUAAUUAUAUAUAUAUAUAUAAUAUAUACAUACAUACGUGUUAUAUAUACAUAUACAUAGGAAAAUGCUCUUCCAGCCUGCAUAAUGAUUAUUACCCUUCUCCAAUCUAAGCGUCUAGCAAGAAGGCAGAAGGUCCCAGUUUGGCAUGAGUCUUUGGCAUGACUCGGCCAGGAAUCGAACGACCUCCCGUUCAUGAGACAUGAGACAUACCUGAUGACAUAAUAACUUCACUUCGACUUAGCAAUAUAACGUAUCUCACAAUGUCGACAACAUAAGGCAAUUAAGGACGUUCCACAGUUGAAAUGAAGUCCAUGUCAUUUUCACCAAAUUUUGCGGAGAGCUACUUUGGUAUCUAUGCAUUAUGAAAAUGCAUAAAAAUAAUAUAGGUUCAUGUGCUUAUUUUUUUUCCAAGGGUCUUCAAAUUCGCCGUAUUUAAAUGAUUCCACUCUUAGACCUCACGAAUUCACCAAAUGAGUUUAAAUCCUCUUCACUCAGUGGAUACCGCAUCAAACUUCAUCAAAUUUUCAAGAUAUAUAACAAAGUGUAUACCAAAGUAAGAAAAAGUCUUUUAAUUGGUAAAACUAUAUCCAUUUGGAGUCAGCAGCGCCCUCAUUUGGCAAGAAUGGUGCAAAAACUCGGAAAAAAUAAAUCUUCAAAGACGUGAAUCUACUCAAAAAUUUAAAAAGUAUUUUGUAAGCUGCACUUUUUUCAAAAUCCAUGUCAUUUUCAUCAAAUUCGGCUAAACUGUAGAGGAAUGCUUAUCGAAGGUGUAGGGAAGUUAAAAAUAUGAGGUCCAUGUGCUCAUUUUUUAACUAUGAGUGUCCAAAGUGAUGCGAGUUGGCAUAAAAAUCGCCCAAAAUGCGCCCAAAACGUGCAAAAGACUAAUAAUGCCGUCCAAAAUGCGAAUGGUUCAGUAGUUUUGCCCUCAAACAUUCAAAAUCCAUGUCAUUAUCAUCACACUCUCCAGAUUUGUAGAAGAAUAUAUUUUGGAGACAUUAAAAUAUUUAAAAUAUGAUGUCCAUGUGCUCGUUUUUAAACUAUUUGUGUCCCAAGUGUAGCUUGAAAAUCGCCUAAAAAGCGCCGGAAAUAUGCAAAAGUCUCUUGAUACCCUCUAAAAUGCAAAUGGUUCCAUAUUUCGCUCCCAAACAUUCAAAAUCCAUGUCAUUUUUAUCAUACUCUCCACAUUUGCAGAGAAAUAUAUUCUGAUGACGUUAAAAUAUUAAAAACAUGGGGUCCAUGUGCUCGUUUUUAAACUAUCAGUGUCCAAACUAUUGCGAGUUGGCUUGAAACAGCCCAAAAUGCGCCGAAAACAAGCAAAAGUCUGUUAAUACCGUCUAAAAUGCGAAUGGUUCCGUAGUCUUGCUCCCAAUCAUUGAAAAUCCAUGUCGUUUUCAUUAUACCUUGCACAUAUAUACUUUAGCACCUAAAUAUUCCAAAUAUGCAAAAAUCAACAUGGGUCAAUGUGCUUGAUUUUUUGCUAUAUAGCUUUAAAGUUAACCCAAAAUGGACGAUGUCUUUAAGAAUUGCCCAUCCAAAAGAAUUUGGCCUAUUUAGACCUCAAGAGAUCACAACAAUGAGUUUAAAGCCCUAUUACUCAGUCAAAAUCCAUGAAAAUUUCAUCAAAUUUUGCAAUAUGAUUAAUAAUUGUAUCCGUAAGAUGAAUAAUCUAUCUAUAUUGCUGUCAAUUGUUUGUUCAUUUAAGUCUAACAACACUCAGUUCUCAGAAAUUGCGGGAAAGAUAUUCAACCUAAAAAAUUUCAAUAACAAACUUGAGAAGUUGUAGAGGAAGGUAUACCUAAGAGGUGCAAACAUUAAAAAAUAUGGGUUCAAGAGCUUGUUUUCAAACUAUCAGCACUCUUAUUAGAGCAAAUUUGUUUCUUAAAACACCCGAAAAACGCGCCAAAAGCAGUAUCUAUGUGACGAAAAAUUCCGAACCACUUUUCCAUUUAUUCAAACUCGGGGUCAUAUUCAUCAUACUUUGCAGAAUUACAGAGAAACUAUUUUGAAAUUGUAGAGGAAUAAAAAAAUUGGUCCAUGGAAUAAUUCCAGUUUAUUAGCUUCAUAAAAUAACACAUCAGAUAUGCAGUUAUUAGUGCAGAUAAGGAGAAAAAUCAGCUCACAUUACCUACAGCUGAUUAAAUCACCAGUUCAUCCAUUGUGACGUCAGCGCGCAGAGUGUAAAAUAUGCGCAGAUCAUGAUGCGCACAAACAUAACUGUGGAACGUCCUUAAGUAGACAUGGCAAGAUAAAUAUUUCGCUUUCUUGUCAAGUAGGCUUUUACGAGUGCCAAGAUGACACAUUAAAUUUCCCAUGUUAUGAAGAGGAAGUGAAAGUUAAUUUUGAAAGGGAAAUUUUACAAAAACAUUUUUCGAGGCAAGAUUUAAAAAUUGAUGUAAAUCAUAUCCGACACUUCAACAAGGGGAGUGGCAUACAUAUAUGCCGAGAUAAGCAUGUUAGUGUGUUCAAGCGUUCUUGUAGCCGACUGGUGAAAGUAUUAGUCUAGAAUUUUAGGUUCCGAGGUUCGACUCCCAUUCCCUCAUCGUUCAUCAACUAAAUAACGAUUUGGCCUA